UCACCAUAUUCUAUACCACACUAAUAACUUACAUUUAUACAAAUGGUGUCUGUUCAAAUAAAUACUCAACUUCUUCCAACAUAUCAACUAGUACGUAGUAUGAAUUUUGGUUGGGAGGACCAAUACGUGUUCGACGUUACAGCAAAUAGUCAAUACGCCAUUGCAUCAGCUUCUGAUAAUAUGAUUCGACUCUAUGAUCUAUCUACGCUUCAACCUGCUGCCAGUUUGAAUUUACACCAACAACGCAUUUCCAAAAUUAAACUCUUCAAUGAUCAAUAUCUUUUCUCUGCUUCAGAGGAUGGUAAAUUGGCUCGUUGGGAUUUACGUGCAUCUACCACCACGCCUGUACAAAUAUUUCAUUAUCCUAGACCAUUAUCAGCAUUUGAUGUGAACUGCAACGAUACCAUGGCUGUUGUUGGUACUCUGAAUGAAGAUGUGGUACAAGCCGCCGAACUGGGAUUCUUUGAUACAAGACAAACACAAUUGAUCCAUAAAUUUGAAGAAUCACAUGGGGAUGACGUUACUGAAAUUCAAUGUCAUCCUACAAUCCCUUCACAAUUGAUAUCAAGUUCUACAGAUGGUUUGAUCAACAGCUAUGAUGUAUCUGAAUUUGAUGAAGAAGAGGCUCUUUUGGCAGUAGUGAAUUCUGGAUCUUCUGUGAAUAAGGCAGGCUACUUUGGUCCAAAUGCGGAAUAUUUGUAUUGUCUUACUCACUUGGAAACCUUCUCUAUACAUACCAUUGAGGGUGAUUUGAUGUGUGACUAUGGACAAUUGAAGCAAUUAGAUGGAGUGGAUUAUGCUAUUGAUUGCAACUAUGACCCAAUCUCUCAGCGUCUUUAUUUGGAAACUGGCAAUAACAACGGAUCAUCACUUAUAUUCCAUGUGAAUAUUGAUGAAUUACAAUUAUGUCAAACAUUACAUGCUCCUGGUGGCCAUACUGAUGUUGUACGAUCGAUUUAUUGGAAUCAUACUACCCAAAGCAUUUUGACAGGUGGUGAGGAUGGUAUCAUGUGCGCUUGGCAAGGCUAAUGAUUAGAUAGUCAAAAAAAAAAAAAUAGAAAUAGUAUAGAUUUAUAUUAAUUUCAUAUGUACAAUAAAACAUUAGAUGUUGAUUCUUCACUUA